CUUAACAAGGUGCUGCCGCCACUGUAAAAAGAUUACGUAAGCGGUAAUGGCCGCCGGCUCCUCCUAAAUUCGAGAACGAAGAGUUCCAGCCAGCCGGACUGCAGCCGAGAGGAAGCGUAAGACGCUCGGAACCGAGUGAGAGGAGAGACGAAACCGACUGAGAGGGAACAGAAAUGGCGAACAAGUAGCGAAGAGGAAGGAGGAUGAGAAGGAGAAGAGACACAGAGGCCGUGGCGGGGGUUAAUUUUAAUUUCCUAAUUUUUCCCACCCCGAGGCGCAGGUAAUUUCCUCCCCAGAAGAGAAUAGAUGUAAUUACUUAACGCCUCCGAGCUCCGAGCUCUUAUUAAAAGAGGAUCGUGCCCUCGAGGGCCGGAGGGGUGGAAGAUACGCCUCUGGUGGGGGUGGACGAGCUGCUGGAGUGGUGGUACCACAACAGUCCUCGGAGAACGAUCGCGAAGAAAGGGAAACGUUCUCGGGCUCAUUCCGUCCAAGACGAACAGCUGAACCACAACCUCCUCUUCACGAUUUCCCUCGUAAAAUCAUUCAGAUCAGCUUUUACAAUAAUCGCUGAUUUUCUAUUACGACGAUGGGCUCCGAUAGUGAAACGAAUUUUCAAUUUCCCCGAUAUCGAGCCAAGAAUUCUGAUAAGGGAAUUGCAGCCGAGAACAAGACCGUUUCAUUGAUUCACUCUGUAUUUUAUUAGAAUACAAUCUGUGACAAUUUAUAUAAAAGUCUCCAGUUAUACGGUCGAAGGUAUUUUCUGGAAUAACUGGAGCAUAGAAAAAGAGACGGGAGACGUUGAGUCAGUGGAGAGCGCGUCUCGAGAGCCGGGAAUUGGAGGCUAAGGUCGCUGGCAAAAGGUGCAGGGGUGGUUUUGCCGGGGUGUCGCGCGCGGGGAAGAGAGGAGCCAUCUUGCGGCUGGUUUCAGGGCAGCCGCCAAUUGAUUCAUCCCCACUGUCGGUUCCCAUUACUGGAAGGAAGGGGCGUCGAUUCAAUUCCGGGGCAAAAAAAACCGUCCGCGGGGCGGGAUCCCCGUUUUGAUCCGUCCGCACGGAUUGGCCGGGAACGGAGCGGCACCCACGUAUCCACCUUGUCUCCGACCAAUAGGAUACCUCUGGGUGGCGACCCAAACCAGUUUUGCGUUCACGGACAGAGGGGAGCCGUUUACUUCGGUCUCCGGGCAGAUAGUGCUGUGCCGUUGGCUCGUGCCGUAGUGGUCCUAAACACUAACAGGUCCUUGCCAGCAAGGAAUCCCUGGAAUCCCCAUACCCUUUGCGCCCGCCGAAAUCUGCCCCGCGGACCCACGGGCCACCGAAACCGACUCUAAUCGCCCGACACAGCUGAUCAGUGUUUUCGUGACCGAGAUUGCGUAACCCAGGUGCCGAGAAGUCGCCGGCUAACAGUUUCCAGCCAGUGAUCAUGCGACAUCAGUGAUACCCGGUACCUGUGUUCCGUCAUGGUUCAGUUUCCUCGGUGACUUUUUGGUGCAUUCGCUGAUUGGGGAUGAGGAGUGGACGCUAGAUCGAACACCUGGACCGAAUUCAGGAAGACUUGUGCUUGAAGUGAUAGUUUUAGAAGAUUCUAUUCGUGGAAGGACCGAGGGAGUCUGAAGACUGUCACGUGUUUCAACGAAAUGAUGAUUCUUUGACGUAUCCAGAGAACUAGUUGAGAUCCUUAAAAUUCAGUAAACAGUCAAAUAUAAAAUUGACAUCGACGGUAGAAAGAAAUCUACAUUGGUUUUCCAAGAGAAUUCUUCCAAGAGUUUAGCUAAACUGUAACGAGAGAGCGUCGAAUCUUUCCGACGGCUGUCGACUCACCUGGCUACCAACCGUAAACAAAACCAUUUCUGCAAAUUAGAUACGUCAAUGAACACGUUUAACUCCAUCGAAUUAACAGCAAUGAACGUUUAAACCUGACUAUUCGGAGUUUAUAAAAUGUAAACGUACAGUUCUCCUAAACGAGAAGCGUUCACGAACUUCGUAACACGUGCGUCGUACUGCAGCCCGGAGACACUGACAAUCGCCGGUUCCCAUGAGUCCGAACGAAGCCGGAAGCCAGAUCAGGAUAUAAAUGCAAUUUCAGUGAAAUCUCUCCGGCGGAGAGACACCCGGUCGUCAAGUUGGUCCCAAACAUGGUCCUCGAGCCAGGAGGUGGUCUGUCUUUCCCACUGCCUCCUGGCAGCGGUUCCGGCGGUUCCGGCGGUUCCCUCUUGACCCCGGCGAGGCUGUUCCAGAGGGCGACACCCGUGUUUCCGUUCCAUCUGGCAGGAUGGCCACCGCAUCAUCCGGUCCUCGGUCAGGUCCAGACCCAGGUCCAGCAGACGAUGCAGGCGCAGCAUCAAGCCGCCGCGGCUGCCGUCCGUUUCCUAAGUCAUCAUCAUCCUCAUCACCCGCACCCGGCGCUGGGGAACCACCCCCUGGUGCCGGCGAUAACUAGCCACCAUCCAACCGCCCAUCAUCUUCACCACGGCGGCGAUCACGCCGACGAUGAUGACGAGAAGAAAGGCUGCGACGGCGAGUCGGACGAAGGUGGAAGCAAAAGGCGGAGGAGCCGGACCAACUUUAAUAGCUGGCAAUUGGAGGAAUUGGAACGGGCAUUUCUCUCGAGUCAUUAUCCGGAUGUGUUUAUGCGAGAAGCCCUGGCUGUGAGACUCGAGCUGAAAGAGAGCCGCGUCGCCGUGUGGUUCCAGAACAGAAGAGCGAAAUGGAGGAAGAAGGAGCACACGAAGAAGGGCCCGGGAAGGCCGGCGCACAACGCUCAUCCGCAGAGUUGCAGCGGCGAGCCGAUUCCGCCCGAGGAGCUGAGGAGGAAGGAGAGGGAGAGGCGGCAGAAGAAAUUGCUGAAAGCUCUUGAACGACAGCAGAGGAAAUUAGCAGCGAAGAUACCGGAAGACACGUCAGAACCGGAAAACGCAAUGUUCUCGUUCCAGGGAAUCACGGUGGAUCUCUCGACGCUCCGCGCCGAGUGGGAGUCCCGGAACGCAGCCGCGUCCGGCGGUAACUCCCUGAACGGGAACCUCGGCAGCAGCUUCGGCCACCUGAGCAACAACAACGAGAGCAGCAGCGUGUCCGGGUCAGGGAACGACGCGAACGAGGAGAUCGACGUCGUGGGGGGUUUGGAUUCGUGCAGCGAAAGUGGUAGCGAAAGGAUCGGCUCGGCCGCCGACGGUUCUGUCGACGGGGAGUGCUUCCCCAGGUUGACCGGCGGUAGCAGCGAGCAGAGCGAUCUUCGGAGAUCGAAUCAGGUCCCGAGCAGCUUGCAGAGUCCGAACUCGAGUCUCAGCCUGGACCAUUUGAAUCACCAACAGGGGAUCCAUCACUGGGGCCUAAGCCUGUUGGAGAGAAGAAGGGAGCUGGUGAGCAUAAACAGCGCGGGGUCGCGUCUCGCGGCGAGCAACGGCGGCGGCUCGGGGAGAACGCCGGUCAGGGAGCAGACGAGCGACGAAGAGGUGCAGAGCAGUAGCAUAGACUUGUCGGUGAAGGGUAGGGAGGAGAGGAAGAGGCUGAAUCCGUUCUCGAUCGACAGUCUUCUGGGUAACAAUAGAACAAGCACGCCCGGCAUCCACAGCGAGUACAGAGCCUCGACGCCGACCCUCUCGAACGGAAGGGAGUCGAGCGGUCCCACGUCGCCGAUCUCCGUGCCCACCUCGCCGUCCACCACGUAGUGAGCCAAGAAGUCGAGUUUCCUGGAUCAAGAGGAGACGAAGUUUCGGUGUUUGACAACGAAGAGCUGGUGAACAUUAUCAAUCGAGAACAACGAGAGGAACGUCAGGGGUAGACGCUUUAGGGUACCUUCGCGGUUCGAGUUGGAAUUCCGUCGGAGUUCCUGGAGCGGGAAAGUCUUGAGUUCAGUUUUCCUGAUUCGUACGAGCGAUCGGGCGUGCGCGAGAUCGCACCGACGAUCGUGAAACCCGGAAUCUGUCUAACGAGGGAAAGCUUAUAUCAGUUUCGACAUAUCUGCAUCAUCGAGUGAGUGAGUUUUCGUUCAUUUUACGUGUACGCGGAGAUCGAGACGAGAAUGUGCAAUAAAGGAGACGAUCCUCUUCCCGUUCCACGCGGAGGGGAGGGACGACGCCGUGUCUGCUGUGUGCGAGAGAAGACUGCGCGUGUAUUUAAUGUAAAUAGCUCCGAAGAAGUAUGGACGUGGAUUUUAUUUAAUUGUUCGAUCGGUAGCCGAGGACCCCCUCCCACGCCCCCAUCCAAGUGUUCGUCGCGAAUAAAUAUUAUUUAAAGCAAUAGAAAUCCUUCGCCUGGCACGCGUGUACAUAUUACUAAACAUAGUGAACUAAGGGAACGGAGGAAGUUUAGGUGCGGUACAAAGAUGAAUUACGAGAUGAAAUCUCCUCGUUUUUUUUUGUCGCGUCGUACGGAAGUGUAAGGAGAUUUUGGAAUGGAAAGAAGAACGCGAGAGAGAGAGAGAGAGAGAGAGAGAGAGAGAGAGAGAGAGAGAAAGGAUGAGUGAGUGGAAGAAGAUAGUAUGAGAUGCCAUAAAACCUGGGAUGCGAGACAGUAUCUACCGUAUAUUCAUUUUAAAUAUAUUAAUUUAUUCUCAACACUA